GUACACGCACUCCCUCACCCACACGCCAGAUCACGCUCCCAGUUCACACAGGGGACCCCCGCGGCUGUACGGCGACAACAGAGCGGCUGCAGGACUCGCUGUGAGCAGAACUGUGGGACCAUUCCAUAGUCCAGCACAAUAAACCACUUUUGUCUUAGAAAGAGGAAACGAUGUCAGGCGCGAAGAAGAGAAAUUCUGGAAAUCGGGACGAGGAGGACACGGAGGUGACCAAGAAGAUGCUGUCCAGCGGCGGUGAAAACGGCAGCGCGUCUCGAGCUGAUGACAGCGCACCGGGUAGCCCGAGCGCCGGCGCGGACGGAGGGGAUACGGUGGUCCUCCAGAGAACAAUCACUCUCGUGAACGGCGUGGCCAUCAUCGUGGGCACCAUCAUCGGCUCCGGCAUCUUCGUCACGCCGACCGGAGUGGUGAAGGAGGCCGGCUCGGUGGGUCUGUCCCUGGUCGUCUGGACGGUGUGCGGCGUAUUCUCCACGGUGGGCGCUCUGUGCUACGCCGAACUGGGGACCACCAUCAGCAAGUCGGGAGGGGACUACGCCUACAUCCUCGAGGUGUACGGCUCUCUGCCCGCGUUCCUGAAGCUGUGGAUCGAGCUCCUUAUCAUCCGGCCGUCGUCCCAGUACAUCGUGGCGUACGUCUUCGCCAAGUACCUUCUCAAACCCAUCUUCCCCGCCUGCCCGGUGCCCGAGACCGGAGCCAAGCUGGUCGCCUGCCUGUGCAUCCUCUUGUUGACUUCUGUGAACUGCUACAGUGUCCGUGCUGCCACGCGGGUCCAGGAUGCCUUUGCCGCUGCCAAGCUGCUUGCGCUGGGACUCAUCAUCAUUACCGGCUUUGUGCAGAUUGGCAUAGGGGACACAACGUCCCUGCUGCCUGAAAACUCUUUCAAAGGAACCAACUCUGACUUCGGAAACAUCGGCUUGGCCCUCUACAGCGGCCUGUUCGCCUACGGUGGCUGGAAUUAUUUAAAUUUUGUGACAGAAGAAAUGAUAGAGCCAUACAAAAACCUGCCACGGGCCAUUAUCAUCUCCCUACCCAUCGUCACCAUCGUCUACGUGCUGACCAAUCUGGCGUACUUCACUACACUCAGCACAGAGGAUAUGCUGGCAUCUGAGGCUGUGGCUGUGGACUUUGGGAACUACCAUCUCGGACCCAUGGCUUGGAUCAUCCCUGUGUUCGUGGGUCUGUCCUGUUUUGGAUCUGUCAACGGCUCACUGUUUACCUCAUCCAGGCUGUUCUUUGUGGGGUCACGUGAAGGUCAUCUUCCCAGCUUGCUCUCUAUGAUCCACCCGACCCUACUGACCCCUCUACCCUCUCUCAUAUUCACGUGUGUGAUGACACUCCUCUAUGCCUUUUCCAACGAUAUCUCCUCAGUCAUCAACUUCUUCAGCUUCUUCAAUUGGCUCUGUAUCGCCAUGGCAAUUAUCGGCAUGAUGUGGUUACGCUACAAGAAGCCUGACCUGGAACGACCAAUCAAGGUCAACAUCCUGCUGCCUGUGUCCUUCGUCCUGGCCUGCCUCUUCCUCAUCGUGGUGUCCGUGUGGAAGACCCCAGCCGAGUGUGCUAUUGGCUUUGGCAUCAUCGGCACGGGCCUGCCGGUCUACUUCUGCGGAGUGUGGUGGAAGAACAAGCCAAACUGGCUCCGGCAUGCCAUCUUCUCAACCACGGCAUUGUUUCAGAAGAUGAUGGAGGUGGUGCCUCAGGAAUCGUGAACACAAGCCGGACAGUUGGAGGCCCUACUGCGCACAAGCGAAGGCUGUUCGUCUCCUCACCGUUAGCCCCUCCGUUACUGCCCUGCCAGGCAGGGACAUGCUCUGCCCCUUUGCUCAGUCCUGCCCCUCAGAACAACAGGGGAAUUGAAUGUGUAGGUUCUUUAAAUCCAGGUCUGCUAAGUUUGUUGUUUUUGGGGUUUUUUUCCUGUCUCUGGAAAAAAAAAACAUCCUUGCAGUGUAAACUCAUACAUUCUUCACACUCCCGGUCAAGCUUUUGUACAUUAUUUAUUUAAUGUCAUUUUGUAGCAGUUUUAUUUUUGCCGUUCCUGCUGUAGCUGAACUGCUCCCUGUGUUUGGUCUCUGUGUAGUGUGUCAGCGUCCUGAAGGAUUUCAAGCGCAGUAUUCUGGAUGUGCCUAUAAUCUGCAUAGAUGUGUCAUCGUUAUGGUUUAAGAGCAAAAACUAAUAAGAAUCCUAAAUCCCCAUCUGCUGUGACAGUGCAGACUCAGUGUUCAAGCCGUUGUUCCGGCUUGGGCGUCUGUAAAAGUGAAUAAGUCCGAGUUACUCAUGGCAUAUGUAGUUUUGUGUUCAGUUUUUUAUUGUCUUUUUGGGGUAGUUAAACUGAGCAUAAUUGUGGGUAGUAGUGACUCAAGUCUUUCUCUUGUCCUGCUGAGGUUUUCCCAUCCCAUCUACCCAAGUAACAAAAACAUCCUGUUGACAGCAGUUUAUGUAUUGGAGUCGUACAUUCAAGUCUUUAGUUUUGUAUUUGUGGGGUUUUUUUUAACAGAUUGAAUUUUUCACAUUCAGUCCUAAGAAAGCUCCGUUCCGCAGGGUUCUUGCUGAUGCAUGAGGUUACAUUCAUUAUUAUGUAUGACUAUUGAAUCAUGAGCUCUUCGGAAGACCCUGUUGGAUCAAUUUCUUCUGUGCUGUACCACAGUGAACUAAGAUGUGAUUGUAUAUUUUGUAAAUGCUUUUUUAUGAUUUUCUAAGGCCAUAUCCACUUGUACUGACCUGGUGUCAUAGAGUGAGAGCUUGAGAUUUAAUUGCACGUUUAAGUGUUAUUUUGGACCCUGUUUUUGGCAAAUCAGAAACAACCACUAUGAUUGCAUUCCAUAAAGUACCUGCUCAUUGCAUGGCAAUGAAACGUUUCUCAUUAAGUGUGCUUGAGUUAGGAGAAUUUAGUUGUGUAUGUUGUUGGUGAAAUGUUCCAUCUCAGACACUUCUGCUUAUGUACAUUAUGACCAAUCGCAGGUGUCCUUCUAAUCUGACAAUCGGCAGUGCUUUCCACUAAUCUCUCAGUAUCUCUCCACUAAUUUCCACUAAUCUCUCAGUAUCUCUCCACUAAUUUCCACUAAUCUCUCAGUAUCUCUCCACUAAUUUCCACUAAUCUCUCAGUAUCUCUCCACUAAUUUCCACUAAUCUCUCAGUAUCUCUCCACUAAUUUCCACUCAUCUCUCAUGUAUCCAGAUGUGCUGUCAUUGAUAAUCACAUUCACAAUUCAGAAAUUGCUAUUAUUUUAUGUUUUUGCAAUAAUCCAGCAGUCCUGUUGAGAAUAGGGUCUUUAGCCGUCUUUCGUCUUUUAGAAAUUAUGAUAUAGGUAAACUGUUAGUCAGAUUAGCAGCAUACUUCCUCUGAGAUAAUGUGAGAACACGUGUUCUUGUGUUCUCUGUGUGUGUGUGUGUGUGUGUGUGUGUGUGUGUGUGUGGUUGCAUCAUAGCUCUGCAGAGAACAUGUCCACAACAAAACCUUCAAUGGCCCUAGUCUUGGACUCUGAUACACUCUACAAUCUGUUUAUACAGCUCAAUGCUUAUGAUGUUCUAGAAUUUACUCUGCAGUCAGAUAGUCUUUGGAAAGUCAAAAAUAUUCUGAGCCAAAUAUUUAUCAGAUUCAUUAUUUUGAGGUUUGGUUAUUUUUGUCAUUCAGAAUGAUUUGGAUUAGUCCAGUAUUGUAGUGCCUCAGUUAUGAAUACUGAUGCAAUCAAAAAAUAUUACUAUAAAAUUUGUUUGUGGGUGGGUGUAUGUACAUGCAUGUGCACACUGUAUGUAGUGAAUCACUGGUUUACCUGAUACCUGAUUAAUCGUCUGAGUGAAGUUUGUCCUGCAGGUUAGGCUGUAGCCUGCAGCAAUUCAUACAGAUAAUGGAUUGUAAUUAUGGGUAAAAAUAUAAUUCUCCCCUGAUGGUUACAAGAUUCCACUGGGAAGCUUUAAAGUGGUUGAAUAGGCAUCAAACCAAAUUUGGCCUGCAUUUACAUUGUUUUACCUCUGAAGAAGUGAGAAUGUUUUAAAAUUUCACUGAGAGUGUGUGUGUGUGUGUGUGCGCGCGCGUGUGUGUGUGUGUGUGUGUGUGUGU